AUGAGGUGGCUGCUGGCGCCGCUGGCCGUCGCCGCCGCCGAGGACUUCGCGGCCCACGCCGCGGCGCGCCUCGCGCGCGAGGAGCGCGCCUGCGGGCCCUGGGUCGGCCGCGUGCUCGAGCGCCGCGGCCCGAGCCUCGUCUACGAGCGCGCGCCGACGGGCCUCGCGGACAUCUUCAGCGCCAUGCUGACGGCCCUCUGGUCCGCGACGCUCAGCGGCCGCCGGCUCGCCGUGCACUGGCCCGAGAGCGCCGGCACGGUGCAUCUCGGCGGCCGCGAGGUCCGGCGGCGCGAACCCGCGCGCCUCGCGGCGAACGCGACGUACUUCAAGCGCACGCACGAGGCCUUCCGCGAGGCGCUGCGGGCCGGCGCCGCCGGCGCGGUGCCCUGGCCCGGGGGCGACCCCUGGGUCGUGAGCGGCAACCGGGGGCUCACGGGCUGGCUCUUCGACGACGCGGCGACGCGCGCCGCGCUCGCGGCCGCGGGCGUCGAUGCCAAAACGGCCGUCGCCGCGGCGGGCUGCGCGCUCCACCGCCUCGCCGCGCCGUCGCGGCGCGCCUACCGCGACGUCGUGCGGCCGCUGUUGGCCGCGCUCGACGCGCGGCGCGCGCGGGGCCCCGUCGUCUGCCUCCACGCGCGCACGGGCCUCAUGCCCGAGGUCGAGGCGAAGAAGUGCGCGCCGGGCGCGUCGCCGCCGCCCAAGAAGCGCUGCGCCCGGCCCGACGACGAGAUGCACGGCGCCGCGGCGGCCGUGUCCGUCGCGGACCUCGCGGGUUUCGUCGCCUGCGCGCGCGCCGCGGAGGCGGCCGCGGGCGGCGCGGCGACCUGGUUCUUCGCGGCGGACUCGGCGUCGCUGCGGCGCGACUUCGUCGCGACCUUCGGCGCCGACAAGGUGCUCCUGGCGCCCUGGGCGCCGGACCCCUUCGCCGCGUACCAGCACGGCGGCGGCUCCCGCGGCGGCGGCCGCCGCGACAGCGUCGUGCCCGACGACGGCGACCCGGACCGCAUGCGCGGCGCCCUCGGCCGCACCUUCGCCGAGUGGUACGCCCUCAGCCGCUGCGACCACCUCGUCGCGUCGCGGAGCGGCUUCUCGCGGACCGCCGCGGUCGUCGCGGCCGCGACGCGCAACGCGACGGUCCACUACGUCUCCCGCCUCGACGCGUCCUGCCGGCGCGCCGACCCCGGCUCGCCGACGGAGCGGCUCCUCGUGACCGGCGGCGCGGGGCUCUAG